AUGGCACGAGGUGUCGGCUGGGCGAACGGGGAGAGGCAGAUGCCCGCGUACGGAUUCAUGCUCGACAAUACAUGUGUAUUUCACGGAGAGGAGGUAUCGGCGCCCUGGUGCCGCUCAGGUUCGGAGGAGAGCGAUCCGAAGUCGACUCUCGCCGCCACCGUGGACUGGGUGUACGACCCAGCACCGUAUAUGCUCGGUGAAUCCACUCCCAAUUGUGCGUCUUUCGCCCCCAUCUGGUUGCGAAGGGUAUUACGCGGUCGGGACGGUGGUGAUACUCGUCGCUAUCCGUGCACCUGA